ACUACGCACCCCGGCGUACCAAAUAACUUCACAGUCCUAAACACUCUUUUUUAGCUCCACACUAUCAUACAGGUUCACUGGAACCUACGAGAACACUCAUAAACUUCUUUUUAAAUUCCCACGCAAAGACCUCGUCUUCUCCCUCAAUACACUAUAAGUCUCCAACUCGCCGGAAAAAAAUCCACGAGCGCACCGCAUAACGCGCCGAGAUAGCUAAUUCUGCCCUCUGAUUUCACCAAUGGCAACUACGACGUCGUUCUCGGGCGUCCGUCUUGGUGUCCCGGGGGCUUUGAAUUGUGGUGGUAACAGAACGGCUUUGUUUUCUCACCCACCGGUCUCUGUGAACUUCUCUGCCAAACCUACAGAGCUCAAAGGCCUAAAUUUGUUGAAAUUGAAGAGAAACAAUGCUCUUUUCACUAGAAAAUUGGGCAAUCGUUCGAGGUCGUUUGUUGUUCGAUGCGAAGCUCCUAGUGGAAGGAUUAGUCAGCAAGAAUUCACUGACAUGGCCUGGCAAGCUAUCGUUUCUUCACCUGAAGUGGCAAAAGAGAAUAAACACCAAAUUGUGGAGACAGAACAUUUGAUGAACGCCCUGUUGGAGCAGAAGAAUGGACUUGCUCGUCGUAUAUUCUCAAAGGCUGGAAUAGAUAAUACCAGUCUUUUGGAAGCUACUAAUAAGUUCAUUCAACGCCAACCAAAGGUUCUUGGUGAGUCAGCUGGCUCAAUGAUAGGACGGGGUUUGGAAGGACUAAUACAGCAAGCCAAGGAGUACAUGAAAGAGUAUGGAGAUUCAUUUGUGUCCGUUGAGCAUUUAUUGCUUGGUUUUGCACAAGAUAACCGUUUCGGAAAGCAAUUGUUUAAGGAUUUUCAGAUUUCAUUAAAAAGUUUAAAAGAUGCCAUACAAGCCGUAAGGGGGCGUCAAACUGUUAUUGACCAAGAUCCGGAGGGCAAGUAUGAAUCACUAGAGAAAUAUGGCAAAGAUUUGACAGCCAUGGCAAGAGCAGGAAAACUCGAUCCUGUUAUUGGAAGAGAUGAUGAAAUACGAAGAUGCAUCCAAAUUCUCUGUAGGAGAACAAAGAACAAUCCAGUGCUAAUUGGUGAGCCAGGUGUCGGGAAAACUGCUAUUUCUGAAGGGCUUGCCCAGAGAAUUGUGCAAGGAGAUGUCCCUCAAGCUCUCAUGAACCGAAGGUUGAUAUCACUGGACAUGGGUGCUCUUAUUGCUGGGGCAAAAUACCGUGGAGAAUUUGAAGAUAGACUUAAAGCGGUGCUCAAGGAAGUGACAGAAUCAGAUGGGCAGAUUAUCCUUUUUAUCGAUGAGAUUCACACGGUUGUUGGUGCAGGUGCCACCAAUGGUGCAAUGGAUGCUGGCAACCUCUUGAAGCCCAUGCUUGGUCGGGGGGAAUUGCGAUGUAUUGGUGCCACGACAUUGGAUGAAUAUCGUAAGUACAUAGAGAAAGAUCCGGCGUUGGAGCGUCGUUUCCAGCAAGUUUAUGUUGACCAGCCCACAGUGGAAGAUACAAUCUCUAUACUUCGCGGACUGCGCGAAAGAUAUGAACUACAUCACGGGGUCCGCAUUUCUGACGGGGCACUCGUGGAAGCUGCAAUUCUCUCAGAUCGUUACAUUAGUGGACGCUUUCUUCCUGAUAAAGCCAUUGACCUGGUUGAUGAAGCGGCCGCUAAACUGAAAAUGGAAAUCACUUCAAAACCAACUGCUCUUGAUGAGAUCGACCGUGCUGUAUUGAAGCUGGAGAUGGAGAGGCUCUCUCUCACCAAUGAUACGGACAAAGCUUCAAAAGAUAGGUUAAAUCGUCUGGAGGCAGAGUUGUCUCUCUUAAAGGAGAAACAAGCUGAGCUGACUGAGCAGUGGGAACACGAAAAAACUGUCAUGACACGCAUACAAUCAAUUAAAGAAGAGAUUGAUAGAGUUAAUCUUGAGAUCCAACAGGCUGAGCGGGAAUAUGACCUUAAUCGUGCAGCAGAAUUGAAGUAUGGGAGCCUGAACUCUUUGCAGCGUCAACUUGGAACUGCACAAAAAGAAUUGGAUGAGUAUAUGAGUUCUGGGAAAUCCAUGCUUAGGGAGGAAGUUACUGGUAAUGACAUUGCCGAGAUUGUAAGUAAGUGGACAGGCAUUCCUAUUUCAAAGCUACAACAAUCUGAGAGGGAGAAGCUAUUACAUUUAGAGGAAGAGCUGCACAAACGUGUUAUAGGUCAAGAUCCUGCAGUCAAAUCUGUGGCCGAGGCUAUCCAACGAUCUCGAGCUGGCCUCUCAGAUCCUCACCGUCCAAUCGCUAGUUUCAUGUUCAUGGGACCUACAGGAGUUGGAAAGACAGAGCUAGCCAAGGCCCUUGCUUCCUAUAUGUUCAACACUGAAGAAGCCCUUGUACGAAUCGAUAUGAGUGAGUACAUGGAAAAACAUGCGGUUUCAAGAUUGAUAGGAGCCCCACCAGGUUAUGUUGGGUAUGAAGAAGGAGGACAGCUGACAGAGACGGUUCGCAGGAGGCCAUAUGCUGUUAUUUUGUUUGAUGAGAUAGAAAAGGCUCAUGCUGAUGUGUUCAAUGUGUUCCUUCAAAUUUUGGAUGAUGGUAGAGUGACUGACUCGCAGGGUCGCACUGUUAGCUUCACUAAUUCAGUGAUCAUUAUGACUUCUAACGUGGGUUCAGAAUACAUACUCAAUACAGAGGAUGAGACCUCAUCGAAGGAGACAACUUAUGAGAUUAUAAAGAGAAGAGUCAUGGAUGCUGCUAGAUCAAUUUUUCGUCCAGAAUUCAUGAAUCGGGUAGACGAAUACAUAGUAUUCCAGCCUCUUGACCGUGAUCAAAUCAACAGUAUUGUCAGGUUACAGUUGGAACGUGUCCAGAAGAGGAUAGCAGAUCGUAAGAUCCAAAUUCAAGUGAGUCAUGCUGCAGUUGAACUCUUGGGAAGUCUUGGUUAUGACCCGAACUAUGGUGCUAGGCCAGUGAAGCGGGUGAUUCAACAGUAUGUCGAAAAUGAACUAGCCAAGGGCAUAUUGAGAGGAGACUUUAAGGAUGAAGACACUAUAGUGAUAGAUACAGAAGUCUCGGCAUUUUCUAACGGCCAGCUUCCUCAGCAAAAACUUGUUUUCAAGAGAUUGGAAUCUGAGCCAGACUCUUAUGCAGAAAACACUGAAACUUUCUCACAGAGUGUCUAGACUUUCUUGUACGUACUAAAGUCACUAAAAUUACUAGUGUAAAACUUGAAUUUUACAUGUUUGUUACAAGUAUUACACAACUUUGAGCAUAAUAAUGAAAUCAGAGUUAUAUACAUAUAUAGUUUGUAGCAAUCUAAACCUUUUUACGUGUCAGUAACCAAUGACG